AUGUUGCCCGAUCCACCCACUAUCAAGGUCCCCUCGUCGUACGAGUCCCUGCCCGUCAAGGACAUCAAGGUCUCCCACUACCCCGAACAUGCGCCGGAAGCUACUCCCGUCGUGGUGGUGACGUUGAACCGGCCGAAGCAGGGCAAUGCGUUCACGGUCCAAAUGAUGCGGGACUUUGAGUUGGUCUACCCCAUGUUCGACCUCGAUGAACGCGUCAAAUGCGUCGUCAUUACUGGGGCUGGUAGGAUGUUCUGCGCGGGCGCAGACCUCGAGAUCGGGUUUCCUGGUGGGGGAGAUAGGGAGAGGGUGGUGGAUCAUCGUGACAGUGGAGGUCGCCUCAAUCUGUGCAUCUACCGGUGCAGGAAACCGACUAUUGUCGCGUUGAACGGAUCCGCCGUGGGUCUGGGAAUGACAUUGGGCUUGUCGGCUGCUAUUCGAAUUGCCCACGCGUCGUCCAAGUACGGCUUUGUCUUCGCCAGACGCGGGAUCACCAUGGAGUCCAACUCAUCCUUUUUCCUCCCAAGGCUGAUUGGGUACUCGAACGCCCUCUAUCUGCUCACGACCGGCGACGUGUACAGAGGCGAUUCAAAGCACUUUGGAAACCUGUUCCAGGAGGUUAUUGAGGAUCAAGCCGGUGUCUUGAAGCGAGCACUGGAACUUGCCACCACGAUUGCGGAGAAGACGAGUGUGUUGGCCGGAUUCAUGAACAGAGAGUUGAUGUGGAGGGGGAGACCGUCGGCCGAGGAAACUCAUCUUCUCGACAGUGCUGUCCUCUACCACAUGUUUGCCAACCCGGAUUGUAAGGAAGGCGUGCAGAGCUUUAUGGAGAAGCGAGAGCCAAAAUUCUCGGCAACUCUCGAGCAAGAUGGUCCACCCUUUUAUCCGUGGUCUAGCGAGGUCGACACUGGCUCAAGACCUCGCUUGCAUCCAUCAAGCAAGGCGAAGUUGUGA